UACCUGCGCUUGCUUCUGCCCUCCCUCCGUCGACUCGUCGCCUCCGCCAACCUCUCCCCCGUCUUGCGCACACUCUGAUCCAAGAUGUAUCUCCAGUACUGGAUCAACGAGGAAGGCAAAAAGGUUUACACCACCAAGAAGGAGUCCCCUCACGGUGUGCCGACGCAGUCUGCCCACCCAGCCCGCUUCUCCCCAGAUGACAAGUAUGCACGCCAGCGUUACCUGUUGAAGAAGAGGUUUGGACUGCUGCCAACCCAACAGCCAGCACCGAAGUACUGAAGCAAUCGUUGGAUGGAUCCUGAGAUACGUUUACUUCACUGAAUGCUGGUUGGAAGUGUAGAUUAGGUGACGAGCAAUGUGAAGAGAAAAUCAGUAGUGCUACUUUCUUAUGAAGUUAUGAUACUUGUUAUCACGGUAAUUCUGAAUGUAAUGCAAUGCUAUUGAUUGACCAGAGUGUGCUCUUUUGUGGAUGUGACCAA